AUGAAGACCUUUAGUCGAGAGACCACCGGGGACGAAGUCGUCAAGGAGUUUGCAGACAGAGUCGAGGGCAAGACAAUCGUUGUGACUGGCGCCAGCGAGAAAGGUCUAGGGGGAGAGACUGCCGUGGCACUCGCGCAUGGCAAGCCUGCGCACUUGAUCCUCCUGGCUCGCUCUCAGUCGCGGGUCGAGUCGAUCUUGUCCCGCAUCAAAGAGAUCAACCCGUCCAUCAAAGUCGACUUCGUCCCCGUGUCACUCGACGACUUUGAUUCGGUGCGAGCCGCCGCGGCCACCAUCAACAGCAAGAUCUCCAAGCUCGACAUCCUCAUCAACAACGCGGGAAUCAUGGCGGUUCAGAAUUACACGACCAACAAGAACGGGAUCGAGCUUCAAUUCGCGACGAACCAUCUGGGUCAUUUCCUGUUCACGAAACUCUUAUUCCCCAAGCUUUUGGCCGCGGGCCCGGGAGCCAGAAUCGUCAACCUAACAAGUCUCGGCCACAAAAUCAGUCCCGUUCGCUUCGAGGACUACAAUUUCUCCGACGGCAAAGAAUACGAUCCGUGGUCGGGCUACGGCCAGUCCAAGACGGCCAACGUGCUCUUCUCGCUGUAUCUGGCCAACAAGCUUCGGGACCGAGGCAUCCAGAGCUACGCCGUCCACCCAGGCGGCAUCUACGAGACACAACUGGGAACCCAUCUGACGGAUAUUUCAAAGGCACUCGAAAGCAUUGAAACGUACGCGCAGAAGAACACCGGGAGACACUUCCCCAUCGACCAGGAUCCACCCAAGAGCAUGGCCCAAGGGAUCGCCACCACUCUGGUGGCUGCGUUGGACCCUCGGAUUGAGCCGCAGAGUGGCAUGUAUAUGGCAGAUUGCGAGUGUCAGAAGACGUACGAGUACGCCGAGAGUCUGGAGGGCGCGGAGAAGUUGUGGAAACUGAGUGAACAGUUGGUGGGGGAGAAGUUUGAGAUCUGA